CACAUCACUUUCACCUUCAACAUCAAACACAUCACAUCCCUUACUCUUCUCACUCUACAGAGAGUUUCUAAGUAACCAAAUCAAUGGCAGGUAUCAAAGUUUUCGGACACGCUACUUCCACUUCCACCAGGAGAGUCCUCAUCGCCCUCCACGAGAAAAACCUCGACUUUGAGCUCGUUCAUGUGGAGCUCAAAGACGGUGAGCACAAGAAGGAGCCUUUCCUCUCCCGCAACCCUUUUGGACAAGUUCCAGCCUUUGAAGAUGGAGACCUCAAGCUCUUCGAAUCAAGAGCGAUUACUCAGUACAUAGCUCACCGAUAUGAAAACCAAGGAACAAACCUUCUCCCAGCUGACUCCAAGAACGUAUCUCAGUACGCAGUCAUGGCCAUUGGAAUGGAAGUAGAAGCUCACCAGUUCGACCCAGUGGCUUCAAAACUUGCUUGGGAACAAGUAUUCAAGAACAUAUAUGGCUUGACCACUGACCAAGCUGUUGUUGCGGAAGAAGAGGCUAAGUUAGACAAGGUCCUUGAUGUCUACGAGGCUAGGCUCAAGGAGUUCAAGUACUUGGCUGGUGAGACUUUCACUUUGACCGAUCUUCACCACAUCCCCGUGAUUCAAUACCUGCUCGGAACUCCCACCAAGAAGCUCUUCACCAACCGUCCACGUGUUAACGAGUGGGUGACUGAGAUCACCAAGAGGCCAGCUUCCCAGAAGAUCCUUCAGUAAAAAGAAAUGGUUUUGGUUCAGUCACUAUAAUAAUAUGCUAAGAGUAAAUAAGCGGCGGCCUCAUCGCCCAGUUUGUCACUACUCUGUCUUAUCUAUCAUGUUGUAUCGUCUGUUUUUCUCUAGUUAUGUGAGUGUCUGUAUGUCCUAAAGAGACCUUUGUCAUAAACCAUUUAUCUAAUCUUCAAGCGAUUCUGAAAAUACAUCAAUUACACUA